AUGAGUGCUUUGCGGACCGUCGCCCUCGUCGCUCAAAUGACCCAAGCGUCAAUCAACAAUCCAAGAUUCCAACGCCGGUUCCGUCGCACAUUCAUCAACUUUGCGUACCCCGCUCCUGGACGGCUCGCCGAACCUUUCGCACAUGUGUAA